AUGAAUAGAAUACUUGUGUGGAUAAUAUUAGGAAUUGUAAGUUUGUAUAUUAUUGAAAGAGUCAACUUUAAGUGCUCUUGUUUUUUUAUAGACAAUAAAAAUGAUGUAAAUAAAAAAACAAAGAUAUAUAAAAUAUAUGUUUCAAAACCCGCUCAAAAAAAAAGCAACCAAUUAAAAACAAAAGUAAUAAUAAAUAAAAGAAAAAAAGAAGAAAAUGAAAGAAAUAAAGCAUAUAAAAAUGAAUUUAAAUCAUCAUCAAAAUAUAAAAUUAUUGAAGAAAUUAUAGAAGAUUAUCCAAUAAAAUUAUCUUCAUUAUAUAAUAUAGAAAAAGAACCAUUUAUGAUAUUAAAAGAUAAAAUAAAAAAAGAAUUUCUAAAAUCUUAUGAAUUACCAUUUAAUUUUAUACAUCCUGUUAAAUAUGAAUUAUUAAAAAUUAUAGGAAAAAUAUCUGACCCAUUUAAACCUAUAUGUUCACAUUCCUUAACUCCAAAACUGUUUAUAAAUAAAUUAUUUGGAAAUGCAUCUGAAAUAACAUAUUCUGAUUUUUGUUAUAAAUUAGAAUAUAAAUUUAAAUUUUAUAUGCCAUCUUAUACAGAAAUAUUUAAAUUCGAAAAGGAAUUGUUAUGGAAACAAUGGAUAGAAAUACGAGGCCUUAAAGAAGUAUCUCCAAUUACACCCCCUGAAGAUCAUGAUAGAAUAUACAAAAUUUUAGAAGAUGAUGAAACAACACUUCCAAUAGCUAUUAGAAAGGUUAAUAAAGAAAUAAAUAGUCAGGGAAUACACCCAUCUAUAUUACGAAUGUUUUUUGAUUUUUUAAAUAUUGCAAAGUCAGGUAAUAAUAUUAUUAUCAAUAAUCAAAAUAAUAAUGUAUUUACUAAAAUAUCAAAGGAAAAUCAAUAUAAUGAUGAAAAUGAAGAUAUUCUUAAAAGAUCUCAUGCAUUCCUAAAACUUGAAUAUAUAAAAAAUGAAAUAAAAAAUAGAGACUAUUUAGAAGGAAUUAGACCAGAUUAUUUAUAUAUCAUCCUUAAUAAAAAAGCAGAAGAAUAUUAUAAUAAUUUUAACGAAAAAGAAUAUGAUAAAAUAUAUAGAGAAGCUGUUAAUUACAAUACAAUGAGACAAAAUAUGAUUAAAGCAAAUUCUGACUAUAAAAAAAAAAGAAAAUUAUUUUCUGAACAAACAAAAAAAUCACUAAUGAAAUUUUACGAUAUACAAUUACCAACUUAUUUUAAAAAAUAUAUGGAAAAAAAAAAAGAAAAUUAUAAAAUUAUUCAAUCCAAAAUUAAAAAAAUGAUUCAUAAUAAAUAUCUUAAAAGGAAACAAAAAAGGGAAGAUAUACUUUCAGGAAAAAUAGCCCCCAUAUCCGUAGAUCACCAAAAAGACUCUGGAACUGACGAAAAGAAAAAACGAAAAAAAAAAAAGAAGAAGUAG